CAUGCGCAUGCACCUGCUCAGCUGCGCGGUUUUGCGGUUUUGCCUCCUCGUGACAUGAACGCGACGCCGUGCUGCAGGGUGCAGGAGGAGGAGGAGGAGAUGGCGGGGGAGGAGCGGCCGGAGCGGAUCUUGGUGUCGGUGCGGCUACGGCCGGUGAACGCGCGGGAGGCGGAGCGCGGCGACGGCUCCGACUGGGAAUGCUCCGGCCCAACCACCCUCAUGUUCCGCGGCACCGUCCCCGAGCGCACCAUGUUCCCUGCCGCCUAUAGCUACGACAGGGUGUUCAGCCAUGAGUGCAGCACGAGGCAGGUGUACGACGAAGGAGCCAGACAGGUCGCCCUGUCAGUGCUCAGCGGAAUCAACGCGAGCAUAUUCGCGUACGGCCAGACGAGCAGCGGCAAGACUUACACCAUGGUUGGCAUCACGGAGUACAGCAUGUCGGACAUCUACAGCUACAUCGACAAGCAUCCUGAGAGAGACUACAUCUUGAAGUUCUCGGCCAUGGAGAUAUACAAUGAAGCUGUCAGGGACCUCCUGAGCCCUGACGCAACUCCUCUCAGGCUUCUUGAUGAUCCGGAGAAAGGAACUGUGGUGGAAAAGCUCACUGAGGAGACUCUCAGAGACAAAGGCCAUCUUCUGGAGCUCCUUGCUGUGUGUGAAGCUCAAAGACAGAUUGGUGAGACUGCUCUGAAUGAAGCAAGCUCCAGAUCUCAUCAAAUACUCAGGCUGACGGUUGAGAGUUCAGCUAAGCAGUUCUUGGGGAGAGGAAACUCGAGCACCCUUCUAGCUUGUGUGAAUUUUGUUGAUUUAGCAGGAAGUGAACGUGCAUCUCAGACGGCAUCAGCUGGUAUGAGGCUAAAGGAAGGUAGCCAUAUUAACAGAAGUCUGCUUACACUGGGAAAGGUCAUUCGCCAACUCAGCAAGGGGAGAAAUGGCCACAUUCCUUACAGAGAUUCAAAGCUCACUCGCAUACUGCAAUCAUCUCUGGGAGGCAAUGCAAAAACAGCCAUUAUCUGCACGAUGAGUCCAGCUCACUGCCACAUUGAGCAGUCCAGGAACACGCUUCUGUUUGCUAACUGCGCAAAAGAUGUCGUCACCAACGCACAGGUCAACGUGGUGAUGUCAGACAAGGCACUGGUGAAGCAUCUUCAGAGAGAGAUCGCGAGGUUAGAGAAUGAGCUGAAGUUUCCUGGAUCGGCCUCUUGCGCUUCUCAUGCUGAGAUCCUGAGAGAAAAGGAUGAACUGAUUAAAAAGCUGGAAGAACAGUUGAAGGAACUGAUGGAGCAAAAAGACACCGUUCAAUCUCAACUUGAUAAUUUCCGCAAAGUCGCGAGCGAUGAGGAUAUCAACAAUCAGUUAGCAAGACGAUGGAGUCGGUCUUCAGAAUCAAUUCCACGCAAUGUUUCUGAAGGUGCAUUUUCAUAUUCAGAUAUUCAUGAUGUUGAUUACCAAGAUCAAACAAUGGAUGAACCGUCAGUGCCUCACUGGUGUCCACCAAGCAGACAUGUUUCUGACAGCAUAGAUGAACAUGAGGCAGAUAGAGUGGCUCCUCGUGACGCAUCUGAGGUCCCUGAGGAGCACUGCAAGGAAGUCCAGUGCAUUGAGACAAAUGAGCUCAGGAGCAGGAGAAAUCAAGAACUGUUUCAAACACCUGAAAAGAAAACAUACACUGGCGAUCAGAAGCAUGAUGAGAGCAUGUCAAAUUCAGCGGAAAAUGCCAUCAAGCUAUAUGCGUGUGAUUUUGAGCCGUCACUGGACCUUGAGAAACUUGAGACUGACGAAUCUCUUGCCCUGAAGAGGUGUGUCGUCAGCUCCAGGGAUAGUGCACUAACUAGGAGUAGAAGCUGCAGAGCUAGUUUCAUGGUGAUUCCAAAUAGCUGGUUCGAUUAUUCAGUGAGCACGACGCCACCGCCGGGCGAAAUUUUCAGAUAUUCUACCAAAAGCCAAGAGAAGGUCAUGAAAAGCCCGAGCUCUGAUGAGGUUGCAGACAAGAGCAACAGCGACAGCAAUGCUGAAGAAGAGCGUGUUGUGAGUGACAUCAGCUGCGUUACAGGAGUGGAUGAACAGAAGACCGACAAGAACCAUGCACCCCAGUCUUCAGAGCAAAACCAGCCAAAAGCUAGUACUACAGAUGUUGGCACAGACUCAUCACUGAGGACAGCUGACUCUCUUUCUUGGCUCAUCGAUUUCGAGAAAAAGCAGCAGGAAAUCAUCGAGCUGUGGCAUGAGUGCAACGUCUCGAUCGUGCACCGCACCUACUUCUUCCUCCUCUUCAAGGGCGACCGGACAGACAGCAUCUACAUGGAAGUGGAGCACAGGAGGCUCUCCUUCAUCAAGAACACCCUCGCCGCAGACGGCGAGCUCCAUGCCACUGCUGCAUCAAGUCUAAGGAGUCUUCGGCAUGAGAGGGACAUGCUGUACAGGCAGAUGCUGAGGAAGCUGCACCUCGCCGAGAGGGAGAGCCUGUUCAUCAAGUGGGGGAUCGACAUGGGCUCCAAGCAGCGGAGGCUGCAGCUGUCGCGGCGGAUCUGGACGCAGACCGGGAUGGAGCACGUCGGGGAGAGCGCCGCCCUCGUCGCGAAGCUGGUCGAGCAUCUGGAGAAGGGGCAGGCCAUCAAGGAGAUGUUCGGGCUGAGCUUCAGCCUCAAGCCACGGAUUGACCGGAGAUCCUUCAGCUGGGUCGGCGUCGUCUACUCCUGAAAAAUCGGAUCUUUUUUAUUUCUUCCGGCCGGCCAUGGCGAUGAGCUGAUGAUCUGAAAAGCCUCGAUGAUGCCGGGUGGAUGCGUGGUGCAGGAUGCUGCAAUGCAUGCCACCAGGAGAGGAGAGUGAUUUGCCGACGGAGAUGAACUGGAUCGAUCAAUUUACGAUGUUCGAUCUAUGCGUGUGAAUUGUGAUUCAGAUCGUGGAAAUGGGAAUGAAAGUGAAUCAAAAUCCUUACUUAAAAAAAAAAUCAAAAUCUUGGAGAGAGAGAGAGAGGAGGGCGUACAGCGGGAGGUACGCUGUACGUAUCACGUAUGUAGGAAUUUAUAUGGUUCCUUCGAAACUUUUU